CUCUUCUUCCCACUACACAGUUGUUCCAAAAUUUCCUUAUUUUCUCUUUCCCUGCUGUUGCAGACUUGCCUCCCUCUACUCACUACUUAAGCUUAAUUUCAACCUUCAAUUGGGGGAAAAAUUUUAAUCUUUUUUAAUCCCACUUCAUUUUCUGAAUCCCUUUCUCAUUCCCGUAUGUUUUCUUGAUCUGGGCAUUCGGUUUUCUGAGUCGGAUCAAUUUUUCUUCCAUAAUUUACAUCUACUCUUCAUCUAUCUACUUCCAUUACUAUCGAAACUAUUCAUGCAAGUAGAAAAGCGUACAUCUAAUUAGUGGAUUUUUCAUUUGCUGCUUGAUUGGUUCGAUGAUAUUCUUAGAAUAUUUCCUUUGAUUAAGGAUACAAGUGGCAUCUUUUAUUUCUGAGGUCAGCUUCAUUUGAUUUUCUGUUGUUUGUUGAAAUUGUUCAGUUUCCAAAAUGGGUAGAGGGAGAGGAAAAGGAAGGAAACAGUCUGCAGUUGCUGAUCAUGAUGAUACUGCAAGUGGCGAGGAUGAGAAGUUGCCGAUGAGGAGAAGAGGAAGGCCACAUAAGCCAUUGAAAGGUGAAGUCGAGGAAGAGGAUAAAAUCGUGAUGACAGAGAAGGAGGAUGAUGAUGCGGAGGAAACAAAGAAAUCAGCAUUGAGUAAAAGUAAGAGAAACCAAGCUGCUGCAGAGAAUGGCAGGAAGAGGAAGAGAGCUUCACACAUAGAGGAAAAUGCAGAGACGGUGAAAGAGGAAAACGGUGUGGGAGCCAAAGCUAGUGCUACUGACUUGAUCAAGUCUGUUGGAUACAGACCAAACGGGAGUAGAAGGAAAAAUAAGCCUAGGCGGGCUGCUGAAGUUGGCGUUGAGUGCCAAUGAAGAUCACGUUUCACAUCGAGAGAUGAAGCUUUGGCAGCUUAUAAUGGCCAUUCAGUAUUUCUUUUGUUUUCCUUUUGACUUGAUGGUUUUGGUGAUAUCGUUGAGAACAAUUCUUGAAUUGAUGGUUUUUACAUUAGUUGAGAAGAUAUCUUCGAGUU